CCGGCUUUGGCGAUACGUGUAUAGUUCUCGUUCGGUAUACUCUCUAUCUCUUGGGUUUCAGUGCAUAUAAUUGUUGAGUUUAUGUAAUACUGUUCAAGUGUCCGUAGUGUAAGAGGUUCUUUCUCGGUCCAAGCUUCAAUACAAUGAAAGCAUGACCAGCGACUUUCAGACAGCAGUUACUUGCAACCUGUGCUGGGAAUUAUUUGCAACAGGCAUCCGGGAUCCUCUAGUCCUUCCAAAAUGCGGCCACACCUUCUGCCGGCUGUGCUUGUGCAAACUGAAGUCCAAGGGCCCCUGGCACUGUCCCCUCUGCAGAUAUCCUUACAGACGCACAUCAGUCUCAGAAUUGCCUGUCAACUUCGUCGCUCUCAGUGUGACAUCAACCUUGAAAGAGAAGCACUCUGAUAGGAAGAUUCAAGCAGAACCUACUACUACUGGUCUCUUCACUAGUUCUCUGAAUGGACUGCUUCAUCAUCCAGAGGCACCUGAAAGACUGCAGUUCUCUUCGAUCUUCAAGUCCGGUUUAUCCUUCGAGGAGCAGCGCUACAAGGAGCAAACGAAAAGAGACUCCUCAAUUGUUGUGAAAAAGUCUGCCUUUACGUCUCCCAAUAAUGGCCGUUUCUUUUUUGCCAAAGAUGACACAUCGGGAUCAGCUUCUUCCUCUGCAUCUGCUAGUGCACUGUCAUUAUUUAGCUUUGGACAAACGAAGUCAACUCCGGGUAGCGUGUUCCCAGCCGCUUGUGUGAGGGACAAGAAGAUUCAAGCAGAACCUACUACUACUGGUCUCUUCACUAGUUCUCUGAAUGGACUGCUUCAUCAUCCAGAGGCACCUGGAAGACUGCAGUUCUCUUCGAUCUUCAAGUCCGGUUUAUCCUUCGAGGAGCAGCGCUACAAGGAGCAAACGAAAAGAGACUCCUCAAUUGUUGUGAAAAAGUCUGCCUUUACGUCUCCCAAUAAUGGCCGUUUCUUUUUUGCCAAAGAUGACACAUCGGGAUCAGCUUCUUCCUCUGCAUCUGCUAGUGCACUGUCAUUAUUUAGCUUUGGACAAACGAAGUCAACUCCGGGUAGCGUGUUCCCAGCCGCUUGUGUGAGGGACAAGGUAACUUUAGCAAAACUUGAAUCUUCAGUCACCAAGAACACGUUUGAUCACCCCCCCUUUUUUGAGUUGCCAGUAAACAAGCCUACUGUAUCUAGUGGUCGGUCUAAUGGGUGUGUAUGGCACACGAAGAAUUUAUCCAAGGGCUUUGUGUUCGCCUCUGGCUUGACACCUUCGGCACCGAAAGCUGAUCCAAGAGACAGGAGCCAAAAUCCAAUACUUUUGAAGUGCAACGAGUCUAAUUCAGCCUCCAGAUCUCUGCCAAAUGACAUUAAUAUCAACACGGUUGUAAAUAAGCUGGGGUUAUUAACCAUUUCAAAAACCUCCACCUCUGAAUCCUCGGGAAUGCACAAUUUGACUUCUGUAGUGAAAGAAUCAAAUACAGAAAUAGUCUUGACACAUAAUAUAAGUUCUCCUUUGGAAACCCCCGUCACAAAUAUGGUCUCAACAAAUAACACUUUUUCCAAAGCAUCAGCACCAGAAGAAUCUUUCAAUUUCUUUAGAAUUUCUCAUUUAGACCUUCCAUUGACAAAUGUUACUACUCUCCAGAUGCUCAGAAGUGAAAUAAAUUACCACCAGAAGAUCCUAUCCAAAGAAUUUGGAUUAACAAAUGUUUCAGCAUCAGAUAGCUCCACACCCACAAACAGUCCCUCUUUGGAAGCCUCGCCCCCGAGACAAACCUCAACGCCCAGCGAUUCCUCUUCCAAAACAGCAGCAGCAAAUAACCCCAUCUCAUUCACGGACCAACAAAGAAAUAAUUCUCUCAAGGUCAUCCCCAUGAACCGAAGUAAUUCAAAUGGACAUUCUUUCAGAUUUACGCUUAUGGACCCAAGAAUGGCCAUUCUCACUAUAUUCCAAGAGCUCAACAACGAAACGGGAUACUAUGAGGAGAUCACAUCCAAGGGAUUCCUUGGGAAAGAACCUAGUGUACAUAGGUUUAGAAAAACAGCAAGAAGACGAGGAAAAUGUCAAGAGAGCAAGAGCGCUCAAAAAAAUCAGGAUCUACAGUGUCAGUCUUCAAGCACACCCUUUCGUGGUCUUGGUGCAAGGCCCAAAGUCUUUGCAUAAAUAGAAUCUAUGAAGUUCUUACGACAGACUGGCUAAAUCCAAACUCAACAGAGACAAUCACAAUGUAUUUUCCAUAUUCUGUUUUCUGUUUAUAAUCUUAUGCUGAUUGUGUAGUCUUGCAAAACAGGGACUCGUCUACAGGUCAUUAUUCUUUAUUUGGAUGGAUUCUUGAUGUUAUUUGUUUUCUUUUCUUUUGUCUUUUAAUUGUUAAUUUUGUUAACACAUGCUUAAAAUAAGACCAUAAGAUGUAAUAUAUAGUUUAACACUUUGCUACUUAACCCAUUGCCGCCGGGGAAAAUGAACAAAAAAUGGGGAGAAUGCAGUACUCAUUUUUUAUAUUUUUAUGAAAUAUCUCUGUCCAUAGAUGGCUCUGCUAAUCCUGAUUUCACCUUUCCUUGAAUUGGCGGGAAAAAACGUAUUCUUACUAGUGCUAUGAAUAUAGAUGGCGUUAUUUUUAAGAGCAAAUUAGGAUAACGUUAAAUAUUUUCGUAAAUCUAUGAAAAGGGUGAACGUGCGAGGCAGCCAGUGCUCGUAAUUGGCUCAUUGGAUACUUAGUACAAGUGUAGCCAUCUAUGUGUAUAAACAAUCGAACAAGUCGACUCACAGUGGGCAUGUCAUGUACGUACAUGACAAGCCCGGCGACAAUGGCUUAAAAUCACAGAUUUAGAUAUAUGGUUAUACUAAUUUUUACAAUACUUUCACCAGACACCAGAGAGGAAAUAUUACUUACUGGGAUGUUCUUGCGAAGUCUUUUGCCAGUUGUGAAUGCCCAAGUACUGAGUCUUCCUUGUGAUUCCUGAGCCUUGGCGCCUUGUCUUUACAACAGACAAAAUUAAAUUUCAUAUUUUGUGUUUUGUAAAUAUGUAGUGUGUUGGGAUAUUUUCAUAAUGAAUGACUGUAACCACUGACACGAACAUAAUUGUGUGUGUGUGUGUGUGUGUGUGUGUGUGUGUGUGUGUGUGUGUGUGUGUGUGUGUGUGUGUGUGUGUGUGUGUGUGUGUGUGUGUGUGUUAUAUGUAUAUAUAUGUUUAUACAUAUCUAUCUAUCUAUCUAAAUAUAUAAACAU